AUGAUUCUUUCACAAAGUAAGGCCAUAGGGUACAGAUCUUUUGAAAAGUCCUUAGAUAAAGUUAAGAGGAUUCAGGAAAAGCUCUUGGCUGCUCAUAGUAGGCAGAAAGAGUAUGCGAAUCAAAAGGUCCGAGAUCUUGAGUUCAUGAGAUAUCAUGAGGAUGGUUCGUUUAUCAUUCGUUGGGAUUUUGUCCUGUUGGAUGAGAAUCUGUCCUAUGAGGAAGGGUCUAUUGCUAUUCUAGUUAGAGAGGUUCAUAAGUUGAGGUCAAAAGAGACAGUGUCAGUGAAGGUUCAGUGGAAGAACCGUCCUGUUGAAGAAGCUACUUGGGAGACAAAAUCCGAUAUGGGAAAGAAUUAUCCCCAACUUUUCACUGAAUCAGGGUUUGUAGGAGGAGGAAGCGUGAAUGAAGAAGAAGGUGCUGGUAUUUUUGGAGGUGGAGGUAAAGCUGGGAAUUGUGAUUG